AUGGCGGACGGCAUAGAGGUUCCUGUCCAAGUUAAAAUUCACGUUCAAGAAAUCGUCAAGGUUGAGUUUGAGAUACAAAAUAAUGUUCAAAGUAUACGACAAUGCCAGGGGCCAUUAAGUCUACUGAACGACUUGAAUUUGAAAGUAAAACAAAAGAUCAAUUCUUUGAGGCAGAAAGUUGAGGUAAGCAAAAAUUAUUUUAUACGUACGACUCGUGAAUUUCUUUAUAUAUAUUUUGGCGAAAUUGGAAUGCUACGCUCUGGAUUUAAAUUCAGACGCUGUGUUUGAAAUUUUAACUUUGGAUAAUAACUGGUUCCCCAUACCUGAGAAAAAAUAAAAACCGGAAAGGGGACCUUCACUUCAUUCGUCGACGUCGUCGGGCCAGGACUAAUGAAAAAUUUAAUCAUAACAUUCAUGGUCAUUUUAAUUAAGAUUUCGCCUUUAAUGAUACUUGAUGAAAUUAAGAGAUAACAUUUAAAGAAAAAUUUGCCAAAAUUUCCGAAAAAAAGGAAAGGAUAUGGCUAUUUUCAAAAGCAGUUUUUUUCGUUUACCUACGGCGUGCAAAAAAAUAAUGUUAAUGAAUAACUUGAAUGUGUUAUUAAUAUAUGUCACAAUUUAUAUGUUAUCUUUAUAACUGAUUACAAUACGCAUGCAUAUAGGGUUGGGUGCUUAUUGGGUAACAGAGCAUCAAAGAUUGGAGACUUCCAGGGUUACAACACAGAAUUCUGCAGCUAAAUUAUGAUGGCCUGAGUCAUGCACUCUGUCUUCAGAUGUUAUUGAAAUUCUGUUCCUAUGUAAUUUUUUCCUGCUAUUUCAUUUAUUAUUGAAAACUCUACCAUAGGUCCUGGAGCAAGUGGCAUUUGAGCAAGACAAAGAAUCAGACAGAUUAGCAAUAUUAGCAGCCAUGCAGCAUCAUAGAAAAGAACUUCAAAGGUAUUAGAUAAUACAACAGUAAUUUGACAGGGAGAACCUCUGUUCAUGCUUACAAUGCUACGUUACUUUUACAAUGAAUGCUGUAGUAAGCCCAGACCACCCUCUCUAUUUGGCCCCCUCUUUAACACUAACAUCAGUAUGCAUUUUCUCCAUACUGUUCUCUAUACAUUUCCUAAUGUGCCAGCAAGGAUAAUUUGUUUAAUAAUCAUGAGGUUCUUCAGUUGAUUAUCAUUUCCUUUAUUCUCAUGACCUCAAUGUUUGAUUCAGGGGUGAUAUUGAAAGGAGAAAUUAGAUGCUAAUCACUCUUGGGGAUUAAAGGGUUAAAUAAGUCUCCCUUGCAAAAAAGUCUCCCUCUCCAACAAGAGCCCCUCUCUGAUGUCCCCUUCUCCAACUGGUCCCCCUCUCUUACAAGACUCUCCUCUUAAUCAAGCUCCCCUCUCUACUAACCCCCCUCCCUAUUUUGUCUCUCUUUAUAAUAAGCCCCCCUCUCUGUUAUAAACCCCCUCUCUCUAUAAGGUCCCUAUCUCUGAUAAGCUCCCUCUGAAAGCCCGCCUCUCUGAGAGCCCCCUCUCUGAAAGUCCCCCUCUCUGAAAGCCCCCCUCUCUGAAAGUUCCCUUUCUGAAAGCCCCCCUCUCUGUAAAGCUUCCCUUUCUGAAAGCCCCUCUCUGAAAGCCCCUUCCUGAAAGCCCCUCCUCUCUGAAAGCCCCCUCUCUGAAAGCCCCCCACUCUGAAAGCCUGCCACUCUGAAAGCCCCUCUCUAAUAGGUUUAAAUAAGCACCCUCUGUAUUAGGUCUCUCUCUCUAAAAAGCCCCAUCUCUAAUAAACCCACUUUCUAUCAUGUGGGUUUUGUAAUUUUCAGCCUGCAAGCAUCCAUUAGGAAAGCCAAUGUAGCCUCCAUGGCAAUAAUUGACAAAAGCGAAAAAGAAGAGUUGUUUGGAGGACAAGCUUCCAGUGUAAGAAACAGGUAGGUUGGAAAAAUAAAACACAUUACAAAAAUUGUUGAACCAUGAAAUGGGCUCUUUCUUAUUAUGAAUCACUUCCAAGGAAGCAAACUUACCUAAUUGUUAAUGAGCUAAACUUCAAGUCAAGAGGUCUGGGUUCAAGUCCUGGCUGGAUCAUUGCAUUUUGUUUUGUAAAGGUGAUUACAUGAUUUCAAGUGCAAUUUGGAAUGAAUAAGCAGAAGUAAACUUUUUCAAAGACUAGCAAAAUUGCACAAGCCCUACGUGCUCGUGCAAUUUGUGGUCUUCAAAAAAAUUUACAAGAGCUUAUUCAUUCCAAAUUGCGCAAGAAAAAUCAUGUGAUUACGUAUUAAUAAUAUACAUGAAAAAAUUUGAGAUAGCUUUUCAUAAUUAGGCCGAAGCAAAGUGAGCACAUCAAGUGCAAAAAUAAUUUAUUCAAACCCUGCAAGUGAAAUUGUGCAAUCAGUCAAAACAACCAUGUACCAUCAAAACAAUAAUGUACAAUGAUAUUUUCACAUCUUUAAGGCACAAAAAAGUUCAAAGUCUGGCUAAACAGUUCAAGGAAUUGUUCAGUCUGGUUUGUAACUUCUUUGCACUGAAUUAGCCCUCUUCUGCAUUAUAUUAAAAUAUUAAUUAGGGGAUAAGUUGAUCCAAUUCCAAAUUCUCCCAAGAAACAUGAUAAGAAUUGUAUGGCAGACAGUAAGGAGAAUUACCAGUGAGAUCUGGGAGUGAAAGGGCUGAUCGUCAAUUUACUUCUUGUAACUUAGUUUAUUCCAUAAUGAUUAUUAAGUGAUUCACUGCUCACCUCUGUGUUACUUUUCAGAACCUUCAACAAAGAAAAUUUAGCAAAGACUGCUAGUAACAUAACUCAAGAUUUGAUGAGUAUUGCUAGGAUGAUGGAUGGUCAAGUCAAACAGAGUGAAGCUGAUAUGCAGAUACUAGGUAAGAUCCACAAAGAGGGGCACUCAAAGUUUACUAUCAUUAACCCCUUAACUCACAGAAGUGAUUAACAUCUAACUUCUCCCUGCAAUAACUAUACAUUAUUCAGCAAACAGGUAAUGAGAAUACUCAGACAUAUCAUGUAGAAUUUGUUGGUUUGAUCUAAUACUGAACUCUUGUAACUAACAUCAAAGGAAAUAUGUAAUAGCUAGAGGGGAGAAUUGACUAUCAGAUCUUUGGAGUUGAAGGGUUCGUAAUUAUUAAGCUGUAGAUGAUGACCUUGCUUGAAUAGAUUUUUCUUGCUGUUGUACAGUUAUAAUCAUUGUGAUAUAGGUAAUCAUAAGAUCUUGACAAAUGUUGUGGUUAUUCAUUUUGGUGAAGAACAAUGAAAGAAAUUGUAUAAUGGUUAGUGGCAUGAUUGAAUCACCCUCUGUCAUUUUGAAUCGCUGUGUUUUGACAGCAUAAUGCUGAGAGUUGGCAAGGUCAAAUGGUUUUACAGACCUUAAUUUAACCAUACUCCAAAACAAUUUCAAGAUCAAUAUUAGUAUCUGAGCAACUGCACACUUACCUCCCCUGACCCAACAUUAACCCCAACUUGUCAUCAGUUAACUGUUGUUGGAUUAGGGGAAGGGUAGGCCCACAAUUUCUCAGAGGCUGACACUGUUCCCAUUUUUUUUGUGUUUACUGCACAAUUCAUCAGUGUUUUUGUCGUUGUAAAUUUUUUUCAGCACAAUCUUCUUCUCAAGUUAAGGACACACAAGAAGAAUACAAAGGUUUAUCAGGAGUAAUUCAGACAAGCAAGAAUCUUCUGAAUAAGUAUAACAGAAGAGAGGUGACAGACAGAUUAUUGAUUUUCUUUGGACUUGUGCUGUUCUUCUCUACAGUUCUGUACAUUUUAAAAAAGAGGCUCCCAAUUUUUGGGGGCUAA